AUGCCUGGGUUGGAUGCUAAGCGACAGCCCGCAGUUAUGCCGACCUGGGGUUGCCCCCGUGUCCGAUUAAUUCACACCCAAAUCAAGAAACGUGACUACCAGGCCCUCAAAGACCCCUACAGGACCCCAGACGUGCGACCAGGAACAAAGGUUAAAGCCCCUAAAAAGGCAGGCCAUGUUCUCGUCGGCUUCUUCUUAAAGAUCCAGGGUCAGGGCCAUAACAGCGAGCAGCAAAUGCCAGACACAAGUUGGAAGGGCCCCGAGAUAGGUUGGUUCGACCCAGAUCGUAAAGCUCAAUUCAGGGUCAAACCUGUAAGCCACAGCAAACAAACCCAAGCCGAAGAGGUGGUUCGAUUCCAUAUGAGCUAUUCGUUGAAGAAACAAAGCUACAAACUGGUACGACACAGAGUUGACAACCCGGUGCCUAUCGUACAUAUGAAUUCAGUGCAGGUCUACAUGCGUUCCUGGCUUGUUCUGUUGUUCCAGCUUCGGAGACAUUAA